AUGCCCAAGGACGCCGCCCCGGAAGUUAUGCCCAACCUCGGCCUCGAGGCCCUCUUCAGCCUCAAGGGCAAGGUGGCCCUCGUCACCGGCGGCGCUACCGGCAUCGGCAAGAUGAUCGCCGCGGCUUACGUCCAGAACGGCGCCAAGGUGUACAUUGCCUCGCGAAAGCUCGCCGACCUCGAGCGUGUCGCUGCCCAGCUCACUGCCGCGGGCGACAAGGCCGGCACUGGCGGCAAGGCCAUCGCCAUCCAGGCCGACGUCGGCAACAAGGCCGGCUGUGACGCGCUCGCCAGCGCCAUCAAGGCCCGCGAGUCCAACCUCGACAUCCUCGUCAACAACUCGGGUCUCUCGUGGGGCGCUCCCCUCGUCGACUUCCCCGAGGCCAACGGAUGGGACAAGACGUUUGCCCUCAAUGUCAAGUCGCAGUUCUACCUCACCGUCGCUCUCCUCCCCAUCCUCGAGAAGAACAAGACCAACAUCAACCCCGCUGUUGUCAUCAACGUCGCCUCGAUCGCCGCCCUGUCACCCUCGGCUGAGGGUGCGCUCUCUGCCAACGGCGAGGGCACCUACUCGUACCAGCCUUCCAAGGCUGCCUCGCUCCACCUCACCAAGGUGCUCGCCGCGAGCUUCACCAAGCGCCACGUCAACGUCAACGCUAUCCUCCCCGGUGUCUUCCCCUCGCGCAUGACCAGCUUCGGUAUCGAGAACGCUGGUGACGAGCUCCUCAGGAACCAGCCUACCGGCCGUGUCGGUACCCCCGAGGACAUUGGCGGCCUCGCCGUCUUCCUCUCUAGCCGUGCCGGUGCCCACUGCACUGGCACCGCCGUUGUUGUCGACGGUGGCCAGCUCCUCGGCGCCACUGCCAAGCUCUAA